ACUUAAGCACGAUUUGCAAUUUUUUGUUUUGUUUUUGGGUAUGAUAAUUUAUCAAUACAGUGAAACCUGUGUAUAACGAUACUGUCUAUAACGAUAAACCUGUCUAUAGCGAUAUUUCCUUGAUUUUUCCGUUGUAGACUUGUCCCGGUGAAAUUCAUAUUUACUCAAUGCAUUUUUAACCUGUUUAUAGCGAUAACCACUUUUCAGUUAAACAUGUCUACAACGAUAAUUUUUUCCUCUUUUAAUAGUUGAUAGUUCUAUUCCGAUUUUUCUACCGUUGGAAAACGACUCCCCAUCGAGCCUAAAUGUGAGAUAACGAAAUGUUUUUUUUUUCCAUCUCCUUUGUAUGCAACAUUCUUUCGUUGUUUCUGAGAAAAAAAAGCCACUUUUAGGGGAAAUUAGAGCAGUAGAAAUGGGUGAAGGGUCUCAUUCAUAAGUAAGUCCUUAUCGUUACUCACUACGGACUGGCAUGUUUUCCUUGCAAUAAAGUUAAUUUUAAUUUUGAAGUGAUGGCUCGGUAUAAAGCAUUAUCUUUUGAAGAAAAAUUAAAUAUCAUAUCGGAAAUUGAUCAAGGAUUGAAGCAAGUUGACGCUGCUAAGAAAUAUGGGAUUUCACAAUCAGCAAUAGCUACUUUUUUGAAGAAAAGAAAAGAUAUCGAAGAUGCUGUGGAAGGAAGCAAAAUUGAUGGUAAAAGGAAAAGAUUUAAAGGUGCAGUUAAUGAGGAUGUAGACAAAGCUACCCUAAGAUGGUUCCACGAAAUGAGACAACAAAAUGUGCCAAUUAGUGGUCCAAUGAUUGCAGAAAAAGCAAGAACAUUUGCGUCUUUGCUAGGCAACAACGAGUUUAAAGCCAGCAAUGGGUGGAUUACAUCAUUUCGAGAACGUCAUGGUAUUGUUUUUAAAACCAUCUCAGGUGAAGAAAAGUCAGCUCCAGUCAAUGAUGUUGCAUCCUGGAAGCAACGAGAGAAAGAGACUAUUAAAAAAACUUAUUCUCCAGAAAACGUGUACAAUGCUGAUGAAACUGGCUUAUUUUAUCAGCUCAUGCCAGAUAAAACAAUGGCAUUUAAUCGAGAAAAUUGUAAAGGCGGUAAAAAAUCAAAACAAAGGUUAACUGUUCUACUUUGUGCAAACAGUACUGGAACCGAUAAACUGAAGCCGCUCGUUAUAGGCAAAUACGCUAAACCUAGAUGUUUUAAAAAUGUGAAAAGUUUACCAGUUGACUACAAGGCAAACAAAAGAGCCUGGAUGACAGAAGAAAUAUUUAACAACUGGCUGCUUGAUGUGGUUAAGGAGAUGAAAAGAAAGAACAAAAAAUAGCUCUCUUAGUUGACGACUGCACUCCUCACAACAAUCCUCCAAGUUUGAAAAAUACAAAAUUGUUUUAUUUUCCCCCAAAUUGCACGUCGAUUCUACAGCCAUUAGAUUUGGGAAUAAUAAAAUGUUUCAAAAGAUACUAUCGAAAAAGAUUAGUUCAGAACGUUGUUUAUAAUCUGGAUAAUAAACUCCCAAAUCCUUAUGCAGUUGAUGUAAAAAAUGCAUGUGAUUGGAUUUCCGGAGGGUGAAAUUCAUUGACACAAUCCACCAUCCAAAAUUGUUGGAAGAAAGCCUCUUUCUUUGAGGAUAAAAGCAACGGAAACGCAAAAACUGAGCUUACUGAAAUCACUGAUGAAGAAGAAAAAUGCGUGGCAGGCUUAAAUUCGAUUGUCAGUGAUUUCCAAAGAUCAUCUAAUACAUCAUUUCUAUUUAACGCAGAUGAAUUUUUAAAUUUAGAUAAUGAUGUGUUGGUUUUCAGUGGUGCAAGUGAUGAAGAGAUUUUAGCAGAAGUUAUCCCGGGUGAUCAAAGUGAUGAGGAAGAAGCAGCUGACUGUUCUCAAAACAGGACUCAAAUUUCACCCGAGAAUGCCAUAUUGCUAAUUAACACUUUGCAAGAUUUUGUUGCAAUAUUACCAAAUGUAACUGAUGUUCAUUAGAUGGACUAAAAUCUAUGUGCAUGGAAAUGGCAAUUGCUUCCAAAAAUAAGCAAACAAAACUAACCGAUUAUUUUUCUAAAUAAUUUCUGUUUUGAUUCAUAAAAUUGUAAGUAAAUUUUUUUUGUGUGCUGUUUCAUAAUUCUAAGUAAAAUUUUCAUUCGGAGUCUAUAAAAGAAGUUUAAUUUAUCAUUAGUUUUAAACGUAUACUCUUAAAUUUCAAACCUGUCUAUAACGAUAACCUGCCUAUAACAAUAUUUUAUUUAGGUCCCUACAGUAUCGUUAUAGACAGGUUUUACUGUAUAUUAUUUUAUUUUACUUUGAAAUUUUCCGAAAAUAAGGGGGGGGGGAGGUUAUACAGCAUUGUCGUCGUAAAACCCGGUAAAUGAUUUUUUUAUAGUGAUGAGGAAUUAACAAUUUUUUUCUCUUUCAGUUUCAACUUAAAUAUAGUUUUGUUUCAAACUUUAUUAGAUUAAUACAUAUUUCAAAUGUUUUAAAAGGAAAUGCUUGCCAACAUAGUUUGCAAUUCUGGCUAUCACAUUUUCCCUAUUUCCUACAUAAGCUUUAAUUACAUCUGAGCUUACUCAAUUGUUUUUGUCUUAGUAGAAUGAUUUGUUUUCAUGAUUUUUUUUUUAUAAAUAUAAAAUAGCGAAACGUAUUACAUACGUCAGAACCUCACAAUACAAAUAUUUUCAGAACAACUCAGCGUACAGUCUCUGGUUAAAUUAUUAGACUCCCUAUAAGAUUCUAUGCAAAAUUAAGACUCACUAUAAGAUUCUAUGCAAAAUCUUAAUUAUCAGGUGAUUCUAUACAGCUUUAUUGUUUUUACGCGGUUCGCAGUUAACGUUCGCGUAUCAAUUGAUUAAAUUAGGCGA